AGAUAUAAACACUGGAAUCCGAAGAUGUUCAACAUGAUGUCUUUUAUCGAAAGAUGGUUUUCACAGGUGCGAUGGUCAUAGACAAUCCCAGAGUUUAAUUGAAAGAGAAAUGUAUGGCUUUGUCAGGCGAGACAUCCAUAGUUCUGUAUACAAGGCUGUGUCUAAAUACCUGGUGGAUAAUGAUGAAGACUGGAGAAAACUGCCCUCCAAUGUAGCUAGCUUCCAUCUUAUGUUUGGGGAGAGAAACAAGCUACAGUUUGGAAGGCUUGGUCAUGAACCAGGACUUACUCAGUUGGUGAAUUAUUAUAGGGGAUCAGAUGUCAUUUGUAGAAAAACUGCAUUAGUAAGAGUUUUCAAGCAGUUUUACACCACAUCAGCAAAACCCAUACCAAAAUGGCUUCCAGAGUCUUUUAUAAUUUGUCCUAAAGAUAUAACAAAAAACAUGGAAUCUGUUCCACCCACUUCUCAUCCUGUACGCAGGCGGGUGUCCAAACCAGAUGAGAGAAAAGAAUUAAAGGAACGAUCAUUAGCUCUCAACAGAGAAAAUAAGAAACCAGUUGUCUGGAUUGCCAAAUCUUCUUCAGGCUCAAAAGGAGAGGGGAUAAAAAUAUCCCCAGAUGUAUCUGAGCUGAUUAAAUUUGUUGAUCAACAAACUCAAGCUUUUGUUAUCCAGAGAUAUAUACACAAUCCAUUACUUCUGGAAGAGGAUCGCAAAUUUGAUAUCAGAUGCUGGGUGUUGCUGGAUGCCAACUACAAUGUGUAUGUGUUUGAGGAGGGAGUUUUACGCACAGCGUCAGAAAGUUACCAACGGGAGAAUCUUGAUGAUGUCACCAGCCAUCUAACCAAUCACUGUCUGCAAAAAGAUUUAUCGGCAAACUUUGGAAUGUAUGAGGAGGGCAAUGAAAUGUUCUUUCCUGCCUUUAACAGAUACCUGCAAUCAAAGUUUGGAGUGACAUUAGAUACAGCAAUUUUGCCUCAGAUUAAGGACAUUGUAAAGACUGUGUUCAAAAUAGUGAAAGAGAGAAUUUCAACAAACUUCCUUGGGUACCAAAGUUUUCAGCUGUUUGGUUUUGAUUUUGUUGUGGAUGAUGAAAUGAUGGUGCACUUAAUAGAAAUCAAUGGAGCCCCAGCCUGUGCAAAAAAGCUUCUUCCAGAUCUUGUAAGAAGUCUGGUAAUAACUGCUAUUGAUCCUGCCUUCCCCACCCACAAAGUCCACACCCGGGGUUAUAAUGGAUUCCACAAAAUAUAGAGGCAAAAUUUAGUUACUUUAAUUUAGAUAUACAGUGAAACUUUGUCAUCUUGAAGUCAAUGGGACUGGAAACUUUGAGAUGUCCAAGGAUAAGGGUUCAAGAUAUUGAGGGUAAAAUUAAAAAAAAAAGUUGUUUGGACUUUAAAUUUACUUCAACAUAUCCAUGAUCUUGAGGUAUUCAUGUUUGAGAUAUCAAGGUUCAACUGUACUUACUCUUUUUUGUACACUUGAUCAUAUGAAAGAUAUAUAGGUACAGUAAAUGUUGUUCAAUGCAUAUGUUCUGCAUUUCUGACACCCCCUGCAUUACUGAUAAAUAUUUAGUUUCCAUAUGUUUCUGUAGAUUUCUUAAGGACAUACACAACAUAGUUUGAACUUUAUUGUCUUUUUCCCUGGAGUUGAAGAGUUCCAAUACUUAAAGGAACUGUGUGCUACAUUUUAAUGCCUAAAUAUGCUG